AUGUACAGACUGAUUAGUGGGUUUGAAAGGCAAGGCCAUUCUCAGCCUCAAUUCCCGCUCUGGGGAAGGAGCAGGGAGGAAGUGUUUUUUUUUUUUUUGCAGGGGGAUGAUGACAGGGGUCAGCCUCUGCUAAUGGGCCAGUAAAGAAGAUUGGAGGCAGGCACAGGGACACACACACAUUAAUACAGUUGAACCAUCACCAAUCAGCCUAGGUGUGUGGAGCUGUGCUCUCUGUACUCUCAUAGCCCCUCUCCCAAGCUCAGCUCUGCUCCCCCUCUGACAGCCCAUCUUAUUGUCAAUCUCUGUCUCCUUCCCAGGAUUCCAGCUCAUCCUCCCUGGGAGAGAAAAACUGCAAUUUCUUUUUUUUUUUUUUUUUAUUCCCUUUUCUGCCUACUGCAAGGAGAAGCAGCUCUUCAGAUCCUACUUGGCAGUUGCACACAGGAUCUUAGCGAGGAAGGGAUGAUCUAAGCAGUCCUAGGGGGAAAUCACUAGGCGUUGAUCAUCAGAUGUUGGGAAUUACACAGUCCCUUGGAGGAGAAACAGAAAAGAUAUCCAGAAUUCCAUACAUAGACCACGUGGGAUCCGGCAGCGACUUAGACAUGCAGAACAGUCACAGCGGAGUAAAUCAACUCGGGGGAGUGUUUGUCAACGGCCGACCCCUGCCCGACUCGACCAGACAGAAGAUCGUGGAACUGGCGCACAGUGGCGCGCGACCCUGCGACAUUUCUCGGAUUCUGCAGAGCCAUGCAGAUGCAAAAGUCCCAGUGCUGGAUAGUCAAAACGUGUCCAACGGCUGCGUCAGUAAGAUCUUAGGCAGAUAUUACGAGACCGGAUCGAUCCGACCUCGGGCGAUCGGUGGCAGCAAACCCAGAGUAGCCACCCCAGAAGUGGUUAACAAGAUAGCCCAGUAUAAGAGAGAGUGCCCUUCUAUCUUUGCAUGGGAAAUCCGAGACAGGUUGCUUUCUGACGGAGUCUGUACCAACGACAAUAUCCCCAGUGUGUCAUCAAUAAACCGAGUGCUGCGCAACCUGGCGAGCGAGAAGCAGCAGAUGGGCUCGGAUGGGAUGUACGACAAGCUUAGGAUGCUUAACGGACAAACUGGCACUUGGGGGGCACGGCCAGGGUGGUACCCGGGCACCUCAGUACCUGGCCAACCAGCACAGGAAGGGUGUCAGCCACAAGAAGGAGGAGCAGAAAACACUAACUCAAUUAGCUCCAAUGGUGAAGACUCAGACGAGGCCCAGAUGAGGCUUCAGCUGAAGAGAAAACUACAAAGAAACAGGACAUCUUUUACCCAGGAACAAAUAGAGGCGCUAGAAAAAGAAUUUGAACGGACACAUUAUCCCGACGUGUUUGCCAGGGAAAGAUUAGCUGCCAAAAUCGACUUACCAGAAGCAAGAAUACAGGUUUGGUUCUCCAACAGAAGAGCAAAGUGGAGAAGGGAGGAAAAACUUCGGAACCAGAGAAGGCAGGCCAGUAACACACCCAGCCACAUUCCUAUUAGCAGUAGUUUCAGUACGAGUGUCUACCAGCCAAUCCCACAGCCUACCACACCAGUGUCCUCAUUCACAUCGGGUUCCAUGCUGGGCAGAACGGACACAGCAUUGUCAAACUCUUACAGUGCUCUGCCACCUAUGCCUAGUUUUACAAUGGGCAACAAUCUACCUAUGCAACCCCCUGUACCCAGCCAGCCAUCCUCCUACUCAUGCAUGCUGCCCACAAGUCCAUCUGUGAAUGGGCGGAGCUAUGACACAUACACACCUCCCCACAUGCAGACACAUAUGAACAGCCAGCCAAUGGGCACAUCUGGCACCACCUCUACAGGUCUCAUUUCCCCUGGAGUGUCAGUCCCAGUUCAAGUACCCGGCAGUGAACCUGACAUGUCUCAGUACUGGCCAAGACUACAGUAAAAACCGUGUUAAUUUAACCAAUGACUUUAUGGAAAACAGUUGGAUGUUCAGCAGUAUUUUAUAAAGACGGGGAGACUGAGGAAAGGACUUGUGCCAAGCAGAUGUGCGUAAGAUACAUGGGCUGUUGGAAGGAACUGCAUCAUGGACUUUUUGCACACAGAAGGCGUUAUAUCAGUUGGAACAAAUCUUCAUUUUGAUAUCCAAACUUUUAUCCAUUUGAUGUACUAUUUGUAAAUUGACAUUUGUAUGUUAUGAUGACUAGAACAAUGCGGACUGUAUAGAUGGAUCUACCCCCCAUUGGUCAUGAAACAGAUUUUUUUUUUUACAAAGGAACCCAUGAUCAAGCCAAGAAUCUAAGAGUUUUAUCAAGAGAUAUCAACUCCUUCUACACUUGUUUUUUUUUUUGGCACAUGGAUCAAUGUUCCAUGUUUGUAUCGAACUCCUUCGCCCAGGACCCCCUAACCACCGGCCCCAUCUAAAAUCGUCCCUUGGUAUCCCACAAAAAAAAAAAAAGGUUGACCCUAAUUUACAAAAACAUAUGAAAAAAAGACAAAGAAGAAAACCAAGAAGAGAGAGAGACGUUUGGUAGAUGAAAGGUAGAUUGUGUCUUCGAUAUAAUCGAUUCGUUUUAUGUCGAAAUGUAUGUUUUUGUCUUCCCCAGAAAUCUCCCAGAAUGAUUUCUAUAAUAAAAUUCAUUUCAUUUCUAUCUGACGAGGAUAUUGUAUAGAUGUUUUAUAAACAUUUUUAUGCAUCGCUCAUUUUUUUGUUUUUUUCGGUCAGCGAAUUGUUUAAUUGUUCCUAGAUAGUUGUACGAUAUGUUCACGGUCCAAUCAUCCUUGUGCAUAGAGCUCAUUCCUUAUACCGAUUAAACAGUGCUUGCAAGAGUUUUCAUCUUAA